AUGAACAAGCCGCGCAAACCUAUUCCAUCGAUACCAACGCAGUCCAAGGACCAGUCGGAGCCGAUACAAUCGACACCGAUUCGCCUGGCACCGUUCUCUGAUCCUUCAGAGUGCUCUGGCUCUUCUGAGAACUCCCAUUCCGGUGAUGAGGACGCUCCCAUUCAAUUUGAACAGUCCCCUCCCCAGCAGGUGGAGGACGAUCUUCCCAUAUCUCCGCCGGAAGACAUUAAGUCUUAUGGGGACUUUGUUAAACGAAUGGCCAACACACCGGCACCUCCGACUAUCCAGCCUUUACCCGUUGUUACCGACUCCAUCUUCAACAUCGCCCAGAUGGAUACAUCGACUGUGAUCGCCCUUCCCAUGGCGUACGGCAGAAAGUCGUUUGACAGGAAGGGAGCAACCUUCGUGGAUCUUGACUACCGAGUCAGGGUUCCAAAGGGUUGGCCCAGCAGGCAAAUGCCUUCGCUAGAUACGUUUGAGGAUUUCGAAGCCAUCCCGUCCAGCGCAGAGGAGCUGUCGAACUCUUCGGAUAUGGAGGAAGAGAACCAGCUAAACAACGGGUCCAAUCUUUACCGGGUAGAAGGCAGUUAUGACACCUGUUUCCCCGAUUCCCUGACGCUAGAGGAUGGAGAUUUGGUGCAGUUCAUCCAGGAAGGUGAAGAUGGUCAAUGGUUAGUGAAGAAACUGGUCUCUGAGAAAAUGGACUGGGUCCCCUCCAGUCUGCUCCACCCAGCAGAGGGGGAUGCCAACAACAUCCGCCGACACAGCAACACAGCUCUUCACGAAGGCAUGGCCGGCUCCGCAGCUCCCGUCCCCCUGAAUUGGCAGAAGCUGCUGGUGGUGGUGGGGUCGCUUCUCAUCCUGGGCAGUGCAUCAGAACCCAGGAUUCCACAACAUGAGGAAACUACAGUUCACCCAAAGCCAUCAACUACAGGAAAUGCCAAAGUUGCAAGUGAGACCAUCCCCAAGCCUGUCACCGUAGAGUUGACGAACCGGACAACGACCCUACAUACAGCACAUACAAGGGCCUCCAGGAAUGUGACAUCUGCCCCAGCACGCAAUAAAACCACCACUCCCUUGCCAACAACCUCAAUACAGCCCACCCUCUCGCCUAAACCAGCACCAGCUGCAACUGGGGUUUACAAUGUUAUGAACGGAACUGAAGAUUGCAUUAAAGCAUCCCUGGGAUUGACACUCAAAGUUCAAAACAGCAAAACGAAGAAAGACGAGUAUCUUAACAUUGACCCAAACGCCACAAGGACAUUCGGAAGCUGUGGAAUCUGGCAAUCGACUCUGAAUAUUACCUUCCAUGGCGGUUUCGUCCGCUUUACUUUUGCAAAGACCGCAGAUGUCUAUUAUAUCUAUGUGAUUGAAGCCACUUUAAGGGUACCCUCUGAGGGUUCACUCUACUAUGGAAUCGAAACUGUCCGGCUCUUCUCGACUCCAAUUGGUAGCUCGUUUAAAUGCCUCAGCAAGCAAACCGUAGACGUGGACAGCAACUUUCAGCUGCUGGCUGUCAAUACCCAACUGCAAGCCUUUGAUAUUGUUGGGAACCAGUUUGGGAAAGAGGAAGAGUGUGCCGUGGACAGAAACAAGAGAAUGAUCCCCAUGAUGGUCGGCCUCAGUUUGGCAGGAUUACUGGUCAUCGUCAUCGCCACCUGCGCGAUUUACAGCAGAAAGUCCAACAGAGGAUACGAACGCAUCUGAGUCACCACAUCACUGAAGAAUGUACC